CACAACAGCAGUUCCCCAUACGGGCGGGCUGCAGGCUGUGCCUCACGCUUCGCCCUGAUUGUUGCGGUUCCCAUGACUCUCCAGCCCCUCCUCUGGCUCCCAGCAUUGGAGGCUGAGCCCUUUGGCCCAACAGCCUGCUCUGAAGUGUCAAUACGCCACCAGGACGCCAGCUUGCAGGGUCAGCAUGGUUUCCAGGCACUGCAUGGCUUUGCUGCUGUGCUUCCCGCUGCUUGUUCCUCCUUCUCUGGAAGCAGUCUUUUUAAAGCAGGAAGAGGCAAACAGCAUUUUUCAAAGGCGCAGAAGAGCCAAUAGCUUCUUCGAAGAGAUAAAGCUGGGGUCACUAGAGCGAGAAUGCAUGGAAGAAAAGUGUUCAUUUGAGGAAGCAAGAGAAAUCUACCGUGAUGAUGAGAGGACAAAAGAGUUCUGGCACAUCUAUUCUGACCCCAACCAGUGUGACUCCAGCCCCUGUCAGAACGGAGGGAUCUGCGAUGACCAGUUUCAGGAUUACGUCUGCCGCUGUCCUCCGGCGUAUGAGGGCAAAAGCUGUGAGACAGCUGUGGACAAGAACCUGAAGUGCAUUUACGACAACGGCGGCUGUGAGCAGUACUGUGCUGACCAGCAGUCUGAAAAACGAGUGUGCUUCUGUGCAGAGGGCUACACUUUAGCAAGUGAUGGCGUGUCCUGCAUUCCCCAAGUAAAAUACCCUUGUGGAAAAAUACCAGUGCUGGCAAAAAAGAAUGCAACUGCUCAGGGGAGAAUAGUAGGUGGUGUCACCUGUCCUCCAGGUGAAUGUCCAUGGCAAGCCCUUAUAAUACAGGAUCAGAAAGGGAAGUGUGGUGGUAGUCUGCUCUCGCCAGAAUGGGUGGUGACUGCAGCUCAUUGCCUGGAUUACACUCAUUCCAAACAGCUCCGGGUGAGGCUGGGUGAAUACUCAAUAAAAGUUGACGAGAAAACUGAGCAAGAAAGUGGAGUUAGCAAGAUCAUCAGACACGAAGAAUACACCAAUGGACAAGUCAAUCAUGACAUUGCCCUCCUGAAGCUGGAAACACCCGUGAAUCUCACCGAUUUCGUGGUGCCAAUAUGUUUGCCUGAAAAACGGUUUGCCAUGUAUGAGCUGUCCUCCAUUAAGUUCUCAACGGUGAGCGGAUGGGGACGGCUACUAGAUGGAGGGGCUACUUCUACUUUUCUGAUGCGAGUUGAUUUGCCGCGUGUAAAGACACAAGAAUGUGAAAAGCAGGCCAAUUUAAACAUCACUGAGAAUAUGUUCUGUGCAGGAGACCUGACUGGCAAAAAGGAUUCCUGCAAAGGAGACAGUGGUGGACCUCAUGCCACAAAGUACAAGAACACCUGGUUUCUGACUGGGAUUGUCAGCUGGGGAAAGGGUUGUGCUGUUGAAGGCAGCUAUGGGGUUUACACAAGGGUAUCUAGAUACAUCGACUGGUUGAAGAGGUACAUGGAAUGACAGCAGUGAACCACAGCAUUUCCCUUCCUUCAUCCCUCUGUGGCAUUUUUGUACUGAAGCAUUCCUCCAUUAACUUAGACACGUGGUAAAUGUGAUACUGUUCACGAUUUUCAAUGAGCCUAAUGCCUGCCUGAAUACAUAAAAUAACUCUGAUAUUGUUGUAAACUUCAGUGUUCUUGUCAAGAGGCCACAGAAAGGCCCUAUCAAACCAGACUCAGAGUCCCUCAUUCUUCACCCAUUAUCUAGUAACAGAAAAGCUUGGUGCUGAGAAACGCCGUCAGUAAUGUGUCGAGUACACCGCGAUCCUUCCGUGUGCUGCCAUUGUGGCUGCUGGUAAUCAAUGAUGUACAGACUUCCUGAGCAAGAAGUCACAUGAGUCUGAAUGAUUAUGAAUGACCCCAUUUGCCAUACACAUGUGCAAUCUCUUUCAAACACAUUUACACUUUGGGCUUUCACAACUUCCUGUGCUGAUAGGUCCUGCAAUAUAAUGAAGCAACAGCAGGAGAAAGAGAAAUGGUGUUUCUUUUAGCUUAUGGUGAGGGAACUUUCUCUUGCAGUCCCAACAGGUGAAUUUAAGAGAGAGGAAUUGCAGAGCAUCCUCAGGACAAGAAAGCUGGGAAAAGAUUAAUUCCACAUUUACAAGUCUGCUAUGAAAAGUUGAUUUUAGUCUUCCUGCACUAAAUAUUAUUGCAGUAAGGCUAUUAACAAUACAUUUAUGAUUGAUGAAGAAUGCCACAGAGCUAAUCCCAUAUUUGCCUUUCUGUAAAAUUUGGAUUAUUUCAAAUUAUGCUGAAUAUCAGAUUAAUCACAAAGACUUAUCAGCAAGUAGGACACUUACUGUGCUCUAGUAUCAGGGGAGAACACUGGCAUUAUACAGUACAUGUAAUACCAAACAUCCCAAAAUCUGUGU